UCAGUGAGAUCUAAAAUGUCAGUGAAAUCCUCUAAGAUUUAUCCCACCCUGCAGAAAGGGGCUGUCAUCUGGGAUCCAAAACCACAGCAGCGAAUACCUGGAAGCACAACAGGUUGAGUUGGAUUAUCUCUCUGGUCGACAUAAAGAUACAAAAAGGAACUCCAGACUGGUAAGAUUAAUCAUCAGGGUGACUAAAAGAGAGCUGAUAUUAAAAAGACAAAUAAGCUGUGUCUCUUGCCCCUACAACUCCUGGAGGCUUUCCAGUUGUUAAGUCCUGACCUCUUGAGUGAGAAGCUAGUGUUCCAGGCAGUUUCUCACAUUUGCCAAGCAAAUUCAGACUUGAUUUGGGAAUUAAACCCAUGAGUCCCAACUUUCAGUAUCCUGCUAAGGUUCCUAGGUCACAUUCCUUCCUCAUUGGGAAUGUUUCUAUUCUUGACUAUUAGGCAAGCAACAUGCAUGUCUGGCAGGACCUAGAAACUAAAAGGAAUAAAUGUAAGACUAGAAUGGAAAAAUAUGAAUGAAUAGAUGCCUACCAUCUCUGGUACUGCCACACCUCAUCUUCCUUACAGAACCUUUGCUUAUUAUUAGUAAUACCCUAACUAUACAGAGCACUUAAUAAUAGAUUUGAAAUUGGGUCUUUCAUUUGGAGCACAAAGAAAUCUUUCAAGGUUGGAUAAAAGGCUUAAAAACAUGCAUCUGCCCCAACUGGUUUGCAGGUCUUCCUUCUUUUUGAAAAUCAAUUUGUAGGUAUCUCAAUUUGGGCAUCCAAAAGAACCAGGCACUAAUAUGAGAAAAUGCUCCAAAAAUUGUUGGCCUUGCUGCCUGCCUGUCUGCUGUCAUAAAAGUCUUUUUAAAACAGUGUACCUCUCAACAAGCGCUUGAACAGCUGGUCCUGCAUUAGACUUGGAAAUGUCUUAUUAAUAUGUAUAAACAAAUUCAUAUUCAGCUUGCUGUAUUUAUCUUUCAGGCUUUCUAUUAUGAUCUGGAUAAGCAAAUUCGCUCUGUUGAAAGGUACAUCAGAAAACUGGAAUUUCAUAUAAGUAAGGUAGAAGAAUUGUAUGAAGCUUACUGCAUCCAGUGUAGACUGCGAGAUGGGGCCUCUAAUAUGAAACAUGCUUUUUCCUUGUCUCCCUCCACUAAAGCCUCUAGAGAAAGCCUGGUGGAACUGUACAAGAACCUUCAAGAGUGCACUGAGGAUAUGUGUCUCAUAGAAAGGGCAUUAGAGGUUCAUCUGGGAGAAUUUCACUUGAAAAUGAAAGGGUUGGUGGGUUACGCACGUCUCUGCCCAGGAGACCAAUAUGAGGUGUUUGUGAGACUGGGGCGCCAGAAAUGGAAGUUGAAAGGCAAGAUUGAGACGGAUGACAGCCAGACCUGGGAUGAAGAAGAAAAGAUUUUUAUACCCAACCUCCACGAGAAGUUUGAGAUCAAGGUGACGGAGCUGCGAGGACUGACUACUAUUCUAGUUGGCAUGGUAACGUGCGACAGCAUCGACUUCUUUACGACCAGGCCUCAGGCCAUCAUUGUGGAUAUUACAGAGCUAGGCACCAUCAAGCUACAGCUGGAGGUCAUCUGGAACCCGUUUGACACAGAGAACCUGUUUUUGUCAUUUGGAACCACUGCCAAAUUUUCUCUGAGCAGCAGGAAAAGCUCCUUGUACAACUGGACCCCACCAAACACUCCCAGCUUCAGAGAGAAAUAUUACUUGUCCGUGUUGCAGCAACGACAAAAUCAAGGUGAUGGAAACGACGAGGGCCAAACCCGCAGCAUACUGAGCUAUUUGACUGACUGUGACUUUGAUACACAUCAGAGGAGUAAAUCCCACAGUCUCACACUGACAAAUGAGGCUGACUCCUUCAAUUCUGAGGAUACCAAAGGGACAGAAACCGGGACCUCAACUCCAGCUUCUGACCAUAAGACCCUAUCCACGGCUGUUGUACAAGACACUUGUGCAGAGGGAGGGCAACACCAGCUUCCAAACCACACAACGCUCGAUAUCCUGAAAAAGACACCCUGUGUGACUGGUGUUGCAGAUCUCCCAGCCAGCCCUCUGGACUAUGGUGAAGAGGGCCAAGACUCCAUCAGCCAAGGCUGGAGUCACCAGCUGGGGAAACCAGAAAACCUCCUGGCUGUUCAGAGAAGCCUGAAUGCUGAAAAUGACACAAAACCAGAUGGAAGCAAAUUGAUUGAGAAGCCCAUUCAAGAAGUGCUAAACCUGCUAAAACUGCAGAAUCCAGGCCAAAUCCAGCUGAAGCAACUGGAGAACCAAGUUUUAUGUAUCAAGGACAAAUUAAAGCUGAAGACCUCUCAUAAGAAACACUCAUCUAUGGAGAGCUUGACGGUGGAGACAGUGCUGGAAAGUUUUGACUUCUUAAAUGCUGACUGCAGUGCCGAUGAGCUCUCACUGUUCGGAAGCAUAAGAACUGCAAGUAUCAGCACUUACAAUGACAACACACUGCAGUCUCUGGGCUAUGACAUGCAAACAGAAUUGAAGGAGUUAACUACAGGGAAUGACAACUUAGACACGCUUUUGAUAGUUCAUCUGCAGUUGUGCAAAGCUCUUCUGCAGAAAUUGGUUUCACCAAACAUAGCUCCGGUCGUCCAGCAGAGCGUUUUGGAAGAAGUGUCCUGGCAGAGGCAAGUGUUGGAGAGUGUCUCGGAGCUGUCUGUUCUGGAGGCUGACAGGUUCCCCUCUGCUGAACAGAUUAUUCAGAAGGCUAAAAAGCAGAAGCACUACCUGAAAAUCUGGAGUGAGUUCACAGAGCCAGGCAGCAGUUUGUGCUGUUCAACAGAAAAACUCCGGAACCCACUGAAAUGCAUACUAAUGUUCAAGCUAAAGGAGAAGUAUCCAGGUCAACUAGAAACAGUGCUGCGAAGGCUGCUGGAGCAGAUGGUCACCUGUGAUGGGUUGCUUGCAUCCAUGAGCCUCCCAACAGAAUUGGUCACUUUAUUCCAGUUUCACAACUACCUGGAGAAACGCCAUGUGACCAGCCUGGAGAAGCACUUGGCAAGACUUGCUAAAGAAGUGAUGCUAAUUGAGGAGCUCCAGUGUCCUGGGCGACUGAAGAAAAUCAAGAAAUUGAAAGGGAAGCAGCUGAGUCGGCUCCAGCCACUUCCCCAGACCUUACGGUUACUCGGGAUGCUGCAGUUAGAUGACAAUCACCGGGUCAGCAAGGCAGCCACAUCCUGUCUUUCCCGGGCAGCAGUGAACAAGAACUUCAGGGAAAAGGCUCUGCUUUUUUACACGGAUAUUUUAGCCGAGCGUGAUGUGAAACUACAGCAAGCUGCAUGUCUGGCUCUCAAAAACCUCAGAGGCAUCGAAAGCAUUGAGCAGAUUGCCAGUCUGUGUCAAGCUGAAACGGAGGAAGUGCGGAACGCUGCCAGGGAGACAACACUGUCAUUUGGUGAAAAAGGCCGACAAGCCUUUGAGAAAAUGGACAAGAUUUGCUGCGAGUUGAGGGAUGCGGUAUGCCAAGAAGCUGAAAUUGAAAUCACGGUAUUUUAACGCUAGUGAACUAGGAAUAAAUGCCGACUCGGAGGUACAAGCCAGAUGUAGCUACCUGAAGACCUGCUUUUCCUGGUAUAUUUUCUUUUUACCUGUGACUGGUUUACUUAUGAAGUGAUAGGUAUGUGGCAGAGCUCUCCCAUUUGGGUGGCUAGGACCAAAAGCCAAAGUAAAAAGCAGACUUUCAUGCUUUGUUCCUGCACCCAUGUCAACAGAUAGAGCCAGGCUUUUAAAACUUACCCAGAAAAGUACAUGGGGGAUGGUUAGGUGUUGAAUGCAGGUCUCAGUCUGCAAGUCACCUGUAUAAACAAAAAUUGAAGGAACUUCCCUACACAAAGCCAGAGGAAUCAGCCCAGGGGAGAGUUAGUGACAGGCUUGCAUGGGUGGGUCAGUUGUGGCAUGAGUCAGUGUUCUUAAUGCACACAAUUGCCCAUACUAAAAAUAAAUGCCCUAACUGCUGGAGUAUGACAGCCUGGAGACUGGUGAGGGGGAGGGUAAGGUAAAUGGAGCAUAACGAGCAGCACACAUGCUGCUUGCUGCCAGAGCAGUACUUGUGAGUGGAGCUGAAGCUCAGUUUACAAGGUGUGUGACUUUCCAGUUGAUGGCCAGGGGCUCCCAGUUGAUGUCAGAGCCCAGCUCACACUCAGGAAGGGAGAACUCUUUUGUAGGAGCACAGGCUGCUUUGACAACAUUACAGAGCAAGUGUUAAAUGCUUAUUUCACAGCAAGUACAGCGCCAUUCAGCUCAGUACAGCUAUACAGGCUUCUACUAAAUUGACUUCUAAAUCUAGUUUUUCUUUUGGUCCUUGGAAUCUUUCCUGCCUUAGGGGAUGACUGCUAUAGACAACAUUGGGAUACGGUCACAGAUAAUGAAAUGGUAUUAGAAGCUAGCUAUAGCACUCAGUACUAUCAGAGGGAGCAUGCGUUGACAGCAGCUGCCAUGCACAGUAGGAGGAGAAUCCAGCAACAUCAUUUCAGGGCUGUUAUGCAAUUUCUCGUAAAAAUGUGAGAGUCCCAAAGCAAAGAGUUCAUUGCUUUCAAAGCCAUCAUGAAAGAAAAAUAUGGUUGCACUCAAAUUAGGCCUCACCUGUUCUAAGCAGGAACCAUUUGAAAUGUAAAAGUAAAUUUGAGAACAGCACAAGCAUUAAACAGAUGAAAGUACUAGGGUUUUAUGGCCUCAGUUUGUCAAAAAUUUACAAAUGCGUAUAUCUUUGUUUCAAAUCGCAUCUCUGAAUGGUGCAGAACAGUGUUGUUGUGUAAGGACAUCUCCUUGCACCAGCAUCUAGAGUUAAAUUUAUACAUUUUAUUCAUUUAAUCUUAGGCCAGGAAUUAAAUAGGUACCCAAUGACCUUAAUUCACAUUUAGGCCACUUAGGGAGAAUGACUUCUGGUCUAAUACUUGAAGUGUUUUGGCUUUUAUGUAUAUAUUAUACAGUACUUUGUACUUUUCUAUUCAGUAUUUAUUUCUGUGGUGGUUUACAUACCAUUUUCUAAAAUGUUAAUAAAAACAUUUGAGGUAAAA